UGACAUUUCUCUACUUUCCAAUAACAGCUAGAAUGAACAUACCCGGAUUUCUAAAACCUUGUAAGAUAUCGAAUAAUAAACAAUUAAAAUAUCAGGAAAAUAAUAAUGACGAAUAUUCUAAAAUUUACAAAAACUUUUCAGCUUUGAGCUCUUCUCUAUAAAUAAAGGUCAUAUCUCAAUCCUUCUCUCCUUGUGAUUCAUAAUCUACUCCUCCGCUUCUCUUCUUUCUCAUUCACCCCUCUGAUUUUAAAUUAAUUACGUAAAUGUCCGGAAUUCUAGUUUAUACCGCCGGUACCUCCCUUCGAUUCUCGUCGGGAAACAUCUUUUCUCAGCCGAAGACAAUCAAAUCACACAGAGGAAACGCGCGAUUCUCCACCGGCUCGACGUCGUUUAGAGCCGCGACGCAGACGCUGAACGCCGAGCCAGCUGUAAUUGAAUCCGUUCGUCGGCGACCGUCGAGCCUCUACGAGCUGCUGAAAGUCAACGAAACGGCGUCGUUGACUGAGAUUAAGACGGCGUACAGGAGCCUAGCGAAGGUUUACCAUCCCGAUGCGUCGGAAUCGGACGGACGAGAUUUCAUGGAGAUACAUAAAGCUUACGCGACGUUGGCGGAUCCGACGACGAGAGCGAUUUAUGAUUCGACGCUGGUUACACGACGCAGACGGGUGAACGCCGGGGCUGCUAUGGGUCGGGCGGGUCGGGUGUAUACGUCGACACGGAGGUGGGAGACGGAUCAGUGUUGGUAGAUUAGACUUUUUUUUUUAGGGUUUCAGAUGAUUUUGCGGCAGCGAAAAGGGCACUUUUUGACUUGUUUUUCCCCUUUGAUAACUUUUUUUUGUUUUCCUUUUGUUAUAUCUUUGGAAAAUUAAAGGGGAAAAUAAGUUUGAUCAGUCUUGUAUUUUUAACUUAAAGACGUGUAUAUUAGUUCCAGUGUUAAAAAAAAAAAAAAGACGUGUUUGUUUCAAGUUGUGAAUUUUGCUGUCGAUUAAUUUAGAAAACAAUCAUAACUUUUUUUUUAAUUUUGAAUUUAAGCCAGAAGAUAA